AUGGCAAGCCGGAUCGCGAGAGGUGUGCUGCUCGUCUGCGCAGCCGCAGUAUCUGCAAUUGCCGCUGCAGUUGAUUUUGACUGGACGGCUAUCGAACCCUCCUCUAAUCUGCAUUAUCAUCCUUGUUAUGAUGGCUUCAAGUGUGCACGGCUUCAAGUGCCGAUGGACUGGAAUGAUCCGGACAAAAACGCAAGUGUAGCCAUUGCCAUCAUCACGCUGUCAGCCACCGUUGCAGAAGACGACCCUAGCUUCGGCGGUACGAUCAUCAUCAGCCCAGGCGGUCCCGGCUCGUCCGGAGUGGAGUUUGGCUUGGGUUUUGGUCCGAAGUUCCAGGGAAUUGCCGACAGGGACAAGCACUAUGAGAUUCUCGCGUUCGAUCCCCGCGGCAUAAAGUACACGACCCCAGCGGUAGAGUGCUUCGACACCUUCCUUGGCCGAGAUGCCAUGAUCCUGAAUCAACAAGGCAUCGGCUCCUUGGCCGGUGGAGAGGACGCAAUACGCCGACGAUAUACCCUUGACCAAGCGUACGGCGAGGUCUGCAAGGAGACAAACGGGGACACUGGCAUUCUAGCACAUGUGUCGACAGCAGCAGUAGCCAGAGAUAUGCUGGAGAUUGUAGAUCGCGUCGACGAAUUGCGGCACAAGAGUCAAUGCAACGGUACCAUCUCUGACAAGGACCGCCCAUUACCCCGACUCCAGAGUCUUGCAGUGUCUUAUGGCAGCAUUUUGGGCAACACCUUUGCAUCCAUGUACCCUGGCCGAGUUGGACGUAUGAUCCUCGAUGCCGUUGCUGAUCCAGCAGAUUACAUGAAAGGGUGGUGGCUCAGUAACUUGCUAGACACGGAAAAGGUUGUGCAGCUGUUCUACGACUCUUGUUUCGAGGCCGGAGAGGAGUGUGCCCUCAAGACCAACAAUGACCAGAGCAGUGCAGACAUCAAGAAUCGUGUAGAAGCCUUCAUCGAGAAUGCCACAAGGAACCCCAUUCCUGUGGUUCUCCACGGACACGUAUUCAUCGUCACGGGCUAUGAAAUCCGGCAGACCUUCUCCGUCCCUGUCAUCGCACCCUCCGACAGCUACCGCGCCCAAGCGCAGCUUCUCGCCGAGGCGAUGGCGGGCAACUUUACUGGUCUCGUGGCGUCAGUGUAUGGCAGUGUCAGCCUCGGUCAGGACUGCGCUGCUGAAGCCGGUAAUUCGACUUCAGAGACCGCAGUCAUUCUUCAGCAACAAGAUGCCCAGGCCGCCAUCUCUUGCAGCGACGCAACAGACGCGACGGGCCACGGCGUUGACUUUUACAGCAAGUAUGUCGACGAACUGACGGACCAGUCGGUGACUCUCGGCCCGACGUGGGCCAAUAUGCGUCUGACAUGCUCAGGGUGGAAGGUCCCGGCCAAGUGGAGGUUCACGGGCCCGUGGACCACACCCCCAGCCGAUCCGGACCUCAGGGAUGGCGCUCCUGCUGCCCCUCUGCUUCUUCUAGGCUCCCAUUUGGAUCCCUUGACCCCGAUCCUGAACGCUCGAAAUGUCGAAGCCGCACAUCCAGGAUCCGUGCUUGUGGUGCAAGAUUCGGCUGGGCACAGCGCGCUGGGAAGCGGUUGGAGCGAGUGCACCAACAACAUCAUAAAAGAUUAUCUCGAAUUUGGCAAGAUGCCUGAGAAGGGAGCCGAGUGUCACACAGAUUGCCGGCCGUGGCAUGAGGAAGGAUGUGCGCCUCCUGCGUCUGGCAAAUGA